GGUACAAUGAAAUCAGAGCGCUGACUCAGAUAAAUAGCGCUCCGGCUGGCGUUUGUGACGUAUUUUUCCUGCGACCGGCCUUCACUAUACGACAUCAAACGCGCCUCUGCUCUUUCUUUCUCUCUUCCUGAAGAUGGCGGCAGGGACACUCUACACAUACCCUGAGAACUGGAGGGCUUUUAAGGCCCAGAUUGCAGCCCAGUACAGUGGGGCUCGCCUGAAGGUGGCAAGCUCCCCCCCUGCCUUCACCUUUGGGCAGACGAACCGCUCCCCUGCCUUCCUCAGCAACUUUCCUUUGGGCAAGGUUCCAGCUUACCAGGGUGAUGAUGGGUUCUGUCUGUUUGAGAGCAAUGCCAUUGCUCAUUACUUGAGCAAUGAUGCCCUCCGUGGCAGCACUCCUCAAGCCCGUGCCCAGGUGCUCCAGUGGGUCAGCUUUGCUGAUUCUGAGAUCAUCCCUCCAGCCAGUGCUUGGGUCUUCCCAACCCUGGGCAUCAUGCAAUUCAACAAGCAGGCUACAGAACAGGCCAAAGAGGAGGUGAAGCGUGUGCUUGCUGUUUUGAACCAGCACUUAAACACAUGCACUUUCCUGGUUGGCGAGAGAGUCAGUCUGGCGGAUAUCACUGUGGUGUGCUCUCUGCUCUGGCUCUACAAGCAGGUUCUUGAGCCUGCUUUCCGUCAGCCCUACCCCAAUGUCAAUCGCUGGUUUGUGACCUGCAUCAACCAGCCUCAGUUUAAAGCGGUUCUCGGAGAGGUCAAGCUCUGUGAGAAAAUGGCUCAGUUUGAUGCCAAGAAGUUUGCUGAGAACCAGCCCAAGAAGGAGACUCCUUUGAAGAAGGAGAAAGCUGGAAAGGAGGCUGGUAAGCAGCAGCCCCAGCAACAGCAGGAGAAAAAGGAAAAGGAGAAGAAAAAGGAGGAGAAGAAGCCAGCCCCACCAGCUGAGGAGAUGGACGAGUGUGAAGCUGCACUUGCUUCUGAACCAAAAACCAAGGACCCAUUUGCUCACCUUCCAAAGAGCUCAUUUGUGUUGGAUGAGUUCAAGAGGAAGUACUCUAAUGAGGACACACUGACUGUGGCUAUCCCUCACUUCUGGGAAAACUUUGACCGUGAGGGCUACUCUAUCUGGUAUUCUGAAUAUCGUUUCCCAGAGGAGCUGACCAUGACCUUUAUGAGCUGCAACCUUAUCACAGGAAUGUUCCAGCGUCUCGAUAAACUGCGCAAAAACGCUUUUGCUAGCGUCAUCCUUUUUGGCAUGAACAACAGCAGCUCUAUCUCUGGCAUUUGGGUUUUUAGAGGCCAGGAUCUAGCUUUCACUCUGUCUGAAGACUGGCAGAUUGACUACGAAUCCUAUAGCUGGCGUAAGCUGGAUGUGGACAGCGAUGAGUGCAAGACCAUGGUGAAGGAAUACUUUGCAUGGGAAGGUGAAUUCAAGCAUGUAGGCAAACCUUUCAGUCAGGGCAAGAUCUUCAAGUGAGCAGUGAUGGCACUUAAACUAUCAAUCUGAAUUUAAGGACAUGGAAAAAGGAACUGCAAUGUCAAGUUGGAGAGUUUUGCUUUGAGCUGUUGAAUUGACAAAUAAAAUACUUUUCACAAUCCCA